AUGACCCUAGGUCAUUCCUAUUCUUAUUUGAAUCGCAUUGUACAUCCCUUCCUCACCGUUGCCUUCAUUAUCAACCGCGCCAUCCAGCUGAUGCGGCCGUAUCGAGAUCGAGAUCGUCCGCUUCCCGUUAUCAACGGAAACGUUCAAUCACGUCUCAGGGUGCUGCUUCUUAGCGGAGAUAAGGCGUUUGUUCGCUCCGCGGGCGCCGCACGGGCGGGCGCGGGGCUGAGGGGGGAUGCUCGAUCAGGAAGUGGCAUUUGGCACGGGCAAUUGACGCCGUUGAUAGGAUCGCGAGCUGAGUUUGCAGGAAAA